AUGCUACAGUACCCGGCCUAUUACGGCAACUACCAGAACAUCCCGGUGCCAGCUGACUGCAACGUACCCGAUCUCAUAGAAUGGAAUGAGUUCCCCAUCUUGCGUGGUAAAGUUCCAUUCGGGGAUGACUCCAACGCAGGACCAGAUCGAGUCGUCUUCGCUCGUAGGAACAACAAUCAGUUCACGUACUGCUUCACUGUGUACCACCAAGACAAUGCAGACGGCCAAGGUGCUGGAGAUUUCGCCCAGUGCACCUAG